AUGAACUACGGCGAAUACAUAUACGGCACACGAAUCAGCUCCGACCUCGCCAAGUCAUCUACUGACGCGAAGACCUUCCCCGACUGCUGCACGGACUGCGCCAACACCGCGGCCUGCCACUACUUCCAGUUCUACACUCCAGACUCCAUUUCUUCCGCCCCCGGCGGACAGAAGCAGUGCUUCCUGCUCUCUGAGGCGCCGGCUGGCCUGGCGAUCAGCGGGCCUCUCAGCUAUGUUGGCGGUUUCUGCAACCCCCCUGCUUCAGCCACCCAGCAGCAGUCCCCCUCAACCACCUCCUCCGGCUCCUCCUCCUCCUCCACCUCUUCCUCGUCCUCCUCCUCUUCCUCCACCACCACUUCUCCGACUGUUUCUGUGACCUCUCCCCCUCCUCCCGGCGUGAAGGGCGAUCCGCAUUUCGUGGGGUGGGACGGAGUGCAUUUCGAUUUCACCGGCCAGCCCGGCCACAGCUACUGCAUGCUGUCCGAUAACAACGUUCACUCCGCACUCAAUGCCGGUCCGCAAUCACUCAAGGCCCGCCCUCACUCCCGUCAAACUCUCUCUCCCGUCGCGCUCUCACUCCCAUCGCUCUCUCACUCCCACAACGCUCUCACUCCCGUCGCUCUCUUACUCCCGUCGCUCUCUCACUCCCGUCGCGCUCUCACUCCCGUCGCUCUCUCACUCCCGUCGCGCUCUCACUCCCGUCGCUCUCUCACUCCCGUCGCUCUCUCACUCCCGUCGCGCUCUCACUCCCGUCGCGCUCUCACUCCCGUCGCUCUCUCACUCCUGUCGCGCUCUCACUCCCGCCGCGCUCUCACUCCCGUCGCUCUCUCACUCCCGUCGCGCUCUCACUACCGUCGCUCUCUCACUUCCGUCGCGCUCUCACUCCCUUCGCUCUCUCGCUUCCGUCGCGCUCUCACUUCCGUCGCUCUCUCGCACAUGUCGCUCAUAUCUGCUCCUCUCCCUCUCUUCCCCCUUUGCGCCCUUCCCCGUUUCUCCUCUUACCAUCUUCUUCUGUCACUCACACACGUCACACACGACAUGCUCACACAUGUUCCCAUCUCCCCUCUCCUCCCUUUCCCUCUCCGCUCCUCUCCUCCCUUCCCUCUCUUUCCCCCUCCUUCCCUUCUGUGUCUUCGCCUCGCCGCCCCUCCCACUCAUCCCCUCUCCUUCCUUUCCCUCUCGUCUUUUCUCCUUCCUUCCAUCUGUCCAUUCUCUUUCCUCCUGCCUUACUCACUCCCGUCUGUUACCCACAUCAAUCCUGUUAAUCAUUCCAGUCACUUGCUUUCCUCACUGUCCCACUCCUCCCUUACCUCUCUCACACCCCCUCCCUCUCACACCUCUUCCGUCUACCACUACUGCAACUGCCGUGCAUCCCCGUGA